CAAGAAAAUCCUUUGAAUAAGUCUUCCAGCCGUCUCCCGGCGUUUUUGCAACCUAUCUGGCCACCGUAACCGCCUCUUUUCCAUUCUCCCUUUCCUAAUUCUUUUUCGCUCCUGUCCCAAUUUCGAAACCUUAAGAUCGAGGCGGAGGAUUCAAACUCCGAAAUGAUAGGAAGGGCUCGAAUUAAGCUGAGCCCAUGGCAGCAGGCGGCGGUCGCUGUAGGUUCAGCGGUGGGUGCGUUGUUCGAUCCACGAAGGGCAGAUUUAAUCGCAGCUCUUGGAGAGACAACUGGAAAGCCUGCUUUCGAAAGAGUUCUUGAGAGAAUGAAAAGGAGCCCAGAAGGCAGAGCAGUGCUCCAUGAGCGACCGCGUGUUAUAUCUGCAAAAGUGGGUCACGCAUGGGACCUACCAGAAAACACUUUUGGCGCUGCCUAUGCUAGGUUUAUGGGAUCCAGGAACUUUUCCCCAGAUGAUAGGCCACCUGUUCGGUUCAUGGACACGGAUGAACUGGCAUAUGUGGCUAUGCGGGCUCGUGAGGUGCAUGAUUUCUGGCAUACCCUUUUUGGCCUUCCUACUAACUUGAUUGGUGAAUCUGCAUUGAAGGUUAUUGAAUUUGAGCAAAUGUAUCUCCCAAUGUGCCUCCUUUCAGUAGUAGGUGGAACAGCAAGAUUUAAUGAAAAACAAAGAACAUUGUUCUUCCAGCAUUACUUCCCAUGGGCUGUCAAGGCCGGCAUGCAAUGCACAGAUCUCAUGUGUGUAUAUUAUGAGCAGCACUUUCACGAAGAUUUGGAGGAUGUUCGAAGGAAAUGGGGGAUAAUACAAGCGCCUACUGCCCCUAAAUAAAGUGUCAGCCAAAAUCCAUAUAGUGCUGGUUUAGGUACACUUAAGCUCUAGCCCCUCACUCCUGGUUCCUUUCUGGAUUAGAUGCACAGACUGCAAUUUGUCUAAGAUCCCAUUGAAUGGCAUAAAAAAAAAAAUUGUCUACUAUUACAAUUUUCCUCAUGUGAUUGGCAAGAAAUUUUGGGGUUGGUGGCUAGCAAAAGAGAAAAUGAAUUUUGUGGGUGUCAUAUCCAUUGAUUCGAAUGUAACUGGUAAACUAUCUUGCUUUCAACUGUUGAUUGACCACACUCAGUAAAAACGGCUUUGUUGUAAUA